AUGUUCGAUCGAUACCGUCCCCCGAAUGGAGACAACGGUCGCUUGCGGCCAGUUGCUCUCUUCGGACCCAGAAGUGCAUUCGUCCUGCCGGACAGCUGCCACACUGCAGUUGAACGCUAUGGGGUUAUUGCUACGGUUCAUUGGCGCGUCGUGAAUCCCUCUGCCAUCUUGCAGAUGGAACAACGUCUGUGGCUCAAGUCGUUCCUCUUUCGAGGGUCUCACGAGGAACAAUUGGUCAGCAGGGUGCCGAACGUGCAAGUUGCCCAAAAACACGCGCGCUUCAGCCGCCUACUGCCCAGAAAGUCGUCGUACAAUGUCGCCCAUACCUUUGUCUUUCCCCAAAAGCUGCUAUCUACCACGUCCCCCACUGUCUUCUGCGGGAAAACAGCUGGCUUUACUGUUCUCUUGGAUGUUGUCCUGGACGGGAACCCACUCGCGUGCAUAGCAAUUCUCCACUCUAUACGUCUUGGCCCCUGUCCCCUUGAUCCCCGGGUCCCCACCACGCACCCCCCAUGCACGGCUCCGCACCCAAACAGCCAAACAGAGCCGGAGCGAUGGGGCCUAAGCUCGAAUGCCGGUCCUGUGCAGACGCAGACCCUGAUUGAUUCACACUCAACCCCCCCAUCACCGCCCAAUAUUCCUUCCUCAAAGGAUUCCCGUCUCCCUUCCAAUAUCCCCCUCCGAACACUGCCUACGCGCCCGGACCUGGAUGAACAGGCGACGUCAUUGCUAGCGUCUACUACUACCACUGCCACGACCCACCGCGUCGGCUCCAACUCUGCCUCUUAUCCACGCCACGACGACAUUUCCGGCCGACGUCCUUCCGCAGACUCGGACUCCGAAUCGUCCUGGACCGAUACGGGGGACAUCGCUGAACAGCUCGCCGACGAGGACCCGCUCCGGUAUCACCUGUCCCACGAUUCCGAAGGCGUCGAUGACGAACUCCUCGCCGGGUUAGCGCGACGACACCCUAAAUAUAAAUACAAACAGAAGAAGGUCCGCAUCCAGCCCCCCUCGGAGUACGACCGUCACCGCUCCCCGGGCCGGUCUGGUACCAUCGACAAGGAGGCCAUCGAAGUGCCCCGAAUUACUCCAAGACCACCUAGUCGAGCUGAACGGUUGCUCGGACUCAUCAUGUCGGGCGGGCGCUCCAUCCACGGCCUUACAGGGCAGCCCCUGAUCUACUUCACGAGCAUAUUCGUGUCGUUAGGUGUCUUCCUGUUCGGCUAUGACCAGGGUGUCAUGUCGGGCAUCAUCACCGGGCCCUAUUUCAUGAACUAUCUCGGCCAGCCUUCCAGGGCCACCAUUGGCACCAUGGUGGCCAUUCUCGAGAUUGGCGCAUUCAUUUCGUCUCUAGUGGUUGGCCGUGUCGGCGAUGUCAUCGGCAGGAGAAAGACCAUCUCGUACGGCUCCAUGAUAUUCUUCAUCGGCGGCGCGUUCCAGACCUUCGCCAACGGCAUGCCCAUGAUGAUGGUUGGGCGCUUCGUCGCCGGUCUCGGCGUCGGUGCUCUGUCUACCAUCGUGCCUGUCUACCAGUCCGAAAUCUCCCCACCGCACAACCGUGGCAAGCUUGCCUGUAUAGAGUUCUCCGGGAACAUCAUCGGCUACGCAACCUCGGUCUGGGUUGACUAUUUUUGUGGUUUUAUCGAGAGCAACCUCUCGUGGCGCAUCCCUCUUCUGAUGCAAUGCGUGAUGGGUGCUCUGCUCGGUCUCGGCAGCCUGAUCAUCGUAGAGUCUCCAAGGCAAGUGACAUGGCUCUUGGACACCGACCACGACGAGGAGGGCAUCAUCGUCAUUGCCAAUCUCUACGGUAAAGGCGACAUUCACAACCCCAGGGCACGGGACGAGUUCCGUGAAAUCAAGAUGAACGUCCUGCUCCAGCGGCAGGAAGGCGAGCGGUCCUACUCCGAGAUGUUCCGCCGGUACGGCACCCGCGUUUUCAUCGCCAUGUCGGCACAGGCUCUCGCGCAGCUCAACGGCAUCAACGUCAUUUCGUAUUAUGCUCCCUACGUCUUCGAGUCGGCCGGCUGGGUCGGUCAUGACGCCGUCCUCAUGACCGGCAUCAACGGCAUCACCUAUUUCUUGUCGACCAUUCCUCCCUGGUACCUCGUAGACCGCUGGGGACGGCGCCCCAUCCUGCUCAGUGGCGCCGUGCUCAUGACCAUCUCCCUCUCGCUCAUCUCGUACUUCCUUUACCUCGAUGUCAAGUCGACGCCGACGUUUGUUGUGAUCUUCGUUAUGAUCUACAACGCCUCGUUUGGAUACUCGUGGGGACCCAUUCCCUGGCUGUACCCACCAGAAAUCCUCCCGCUCAGUAUCCGGUCCAAGGGCGCAAGUUUGUCCACGGCCACGAAUUGGGCGUUCAACUGGCUUGUCGGCGAGAUGACGCCCGUCCUGCAGGAGUGGAUCCAUUGGCGACUGUACUUGAUGCACGCCUUUUUCUGUGCCACCAGUUUUGUAGUUGUUUACUUCAUCUACCCCGAGACGUGUGGCGUCCGCCUCGAAGACAUGGACUCGCUCUUCGGCGACGCCAGUACCGUCAUGGGCACGCCGUCAAUACACGACGAGACGGGAUCUCUCAUGCAAGCAGGCUCCCCGACGCUGUCCGACUACCGGGGGCGUGGUGUGCCUACCACGAGUGCCAUUCCCGGAUUGUCACUCGAUCCGCCCGAGGCUGCCUCGAUUGACGGCAAGUUGCAAAGCCCCAACGAAGGCGACGCGAGUAGCACCAUUAGCGGCUGGGUCUCUAGAGUGGUCGGCCGCACCCGGGGCAACAGCACCGCCGGCGGAGGCAGAUAUGCCCCCGUUAAUCAGCAAGGUGACAGGGGCGAGGACGCCGAGACGGGCGAGCGCGACGGAUAA